AAGAGUACACAAGAAAGAAAGAGCUGCACAAUGUAUACGCAAGUUCCUCCUUGUUUCUCGGAUAUGUAUAUAAACUUGCAGAUUUCAUUCAUCGUUGGAAAAAGUAGCAAUGGCAGCUUCUUUUGUUAGGAUUUCAGCACUCACAUGGGCGGAUGUGUUAGCUGCAUUUGCAAUGUAUGUGAUGAUGAACUACUUAACAAAUGUCUGGAACCUAGACACUACACAUGCUGCUGGUAUCAUAAACAUAUGGAACGGAAUCACUCCGGCUUUGGCCAUUGUUUUCGCCGUCUUAGUUGACACCUUCAUGGGCGACCGUUAUAUGCUUGCAUUCUCUUGCAUUGCCUACAGUAUCGGAUUGGGAUUAUUGUCCAUGUCUACACCACCUGUUUUAGGCCCAUGUCACGACUACAACGAGCAAUGCAUUGGUCACACACAAAAAGUCUUGUUUUAUAUUGCCUUACCGCUGAUAUCAGUCGGGAUGGCCGGUCAUGUAGUCUCAUUGCCACCCUUUGUAGAUCUACAAACCAAAAGUGAAAAUGCAAAUGAAAAUGGACGAGGAGUGGAGACCGAAGAGGGAACUAAAAUGUUAAUACGAAUACCGGGUUUGAUAAUUCUAAUGGUUGUAAUGAUAGCCGGAGGUUUUGGACUUUCAUAUAUAAAGCCAUGGUCACUCCGGUUUGGGAUUCCAGCUAUCUUUUCAGUGGUGACAACACUUUUGUUCUUUACGGAUUUUCUAGGCUACAAACCUAGUAAGCCAGAGGGAAGUCCGUUAACAACCACCCUGAGAGUUUUUGUGGCUGCUGCUCGUAAGAUUUCACAACCAAUUCCUGAUAACCCCGAAAAACUCUACAAAAAAGAAGAUGCUCGUUCAACCAACAGCCUCAGAUUCUUAAACAAGGCUGCCAUCAAGUUACCACAAGGGCAAGAACCAACGAAAUGGAAGGUUUGCAGCGUGCAGGAAGUAGAGGACACCAAGAUUGGUAUCCGAAUGCUCCCAAUGUGGCUAACCUUCAUUGUCAUUGGAAUCGUGCUUUCUAUUGGAAACACUUACUUUUUGGAGCAAGCUGAUCACAUGGAUAGAAAACUCGGAAAUAUAAAGGUCUCAAUUCCAAUCUUCCUUAUGUUCUUUAAGGCCACAAGUAGCACAUUUGCACACCUUUAUUCACUCUUUGCUGCAAAGAAGUUUGCUCCACCAAUCGGGAUCGCAACAAGUAUGAUUUUCGCAAUAUUAUGUUGCGUUACUGCUUCAAAAGUGGAAACCCGAAGACUACAUCGGGUUAGAGAUGAUGGUUUACUAGACAAUCCGGAUGCAAGCAUCCCAAUGAGUAUAUUUGCACUCCUUCCGCAGUUUAUGCUUCUUGCAGCCGUUGAUGGGAUUGCUAAUAUGAGCAUCUCUAGCUUCUUUAGGCACCAAACACCUGAACCUAUGCACAAGUAUCUGCCUCAUUUCACAAAGGGUGUGUUUGGGCUAGGAAGCAUGGCUAGUGUUUUGUCAGUGUAUGUUGUGGGAAACCACAAGCCUAACUGGUUUCAAGAUACGUUAAAUAAGAGCCGUUUGGAUCGAUAUUAUAUGGUGUUGGCUGUGUUAAGUGCGGCUAAUCUUGUUGUCUUUGUCAUUGUUGCGUAUUUCUACAAGUAUAAGGAACCGCCGGUUGGUGAUAGUGCGGAAGUCGAAAGCGGAGAAAUGGAUCCAGGUUUUGAGGAGAAGUAAUGUAGCUGAGGUUAGAUGUCAAAGUUUGUGUCAUUUGUUAUUUAUUUAUUUAUUCAAAAUGGUUGUGGUUGAUUGGGUUCGGAUGAUUUUAGAUGUAAAUAUGGAUUUUUCAUACGAUUUCUUGUAAA